ACAACGUCAUUGUUUUUCCGCAAUGCUAGUAGUUGAAUAGCAGCAGGCGGUGUAUCCAUCAGUCUCCAACAAUGUCUGUAAAAUUAAACGCUUUGAAUAGUGAUUCUUAUAUUGAUAUCAGUCAAUACAGAGACCAACAUUUUAAGGGGAAUCGCUAUGACCAGGAGAAGCUGCUGAAGCAGAGUAACACUUUGUAUGUUGGGAAUCUGUCCUUUUACACCACUGAGGAGCAGGUAUACGAGCUGUUUUCCAAAAGUGGGGAUGUUAAGCGCAUCAUCAUCGGUCUGGAUAAAGUCAAGAAGACGGCCUGUGGAUUCUGCUUUGUAGAAUAUUACACACGUGCAGGUGCAGAGCACGCCAUGCGCUUCAUUAAUGGCACACGGCUGGACGACCGCAUCAUCAGGACGGACUGGGACGCUGGCUUCAAGGAGGGGCGGCAGUAUGGCCGUGGCAAGUCUGGAGGACAGGUGAGAGAUGAGUACAGACAGGACUACGACCCGGCCAGAGGUGGCUACGGGAAGCUGGCUCAGCAGCAUCGACCCACAGAGGCGCGCAACAGUUUUUAGAAAGACCCCUCCACAGAAGUCUGGACUACACAGAGCCCACCAUCAGCCUCAAUCAGAUUAAUUCUCCUACAGUGACAAAACAUCAACAGAUGGUUCCCCCAAAGUAUCAGACCUGCAGUCAGUCUAGAUCAUAGCACAUGCCAGACCCUCCAGUAACUGUGCUAUGAGGUGAUGGUUUCAUUAUCUUGCAAAUGGACACGCUGUAAAUCUCCCCAUAGUAUAAAAGCUCUGUGAGCACACAGUGACUGAGCAGGUGAUGCAUUAGAUUUCAAGACAUUUACUUUUUGGUCUUCAUGUUACAUUAAGUUGUUAAAUUGUGCUCCAAUAGAAUGAAGAAUGAAGUUGUUGGUUUGUCAUCUUUAUCAGUCGUUGUGUUCAAAUUGUCUAUACUUUUUUAAAUAAAGUUUUUUUUUUUGAA